GAGCCGAGGGUCCUGGUCCCGGCUUCUCGCACCCUCAUGUCAGCCCCGGCCCCGCCCGGCGGCCCUCGGAGGACAAGGUCAGGAUGCGUGUGAAGCCCCAGGGCCUGGUGGUGACUUCCAGUGCCGUGUGCAGCUCUCCUGACUACCUCCGGGAGCCCAAGUACUACCCCAGCGGUCCCCCCACCCCCCGGCCCUUACUUCCUACCAGGCCUCCCGCCAGCCCACCCGACAAGGCCUUCUCCACCCACACUUUCUCUGAGAAUCCACGCCCACCCCCACGCCGGGACCCCAGCACCCGGCGCCCACCAGUCCUUGCCAAGGGAGACGACCCACUUCCCCCUCGGGCAGCCCGGCCCAUCUCCCAAGCCCGCUGCCCCAUACCAGCCGGAGACGGUAACAGCUCCCGCUGCCCCUGGGACAACGGCCGUGUGACCCUGCGUCCCGUGGUGCAGCUGAUCGACAUCAUGAAGGACCUGACCCGGCUCUCGCAGGACCUGCAGCACAGCGGCGUGCAUCUGGACUGUGGUGGGCUGCGGCUGAGCCGGCCCCCGGCCCCUCCCCCCGGGGACCUGCAGUACAGCUUCUUCUCCUCACCCAGUCUGGCCAACAGCAUCCGCAGCCCUGAGGAGCGCACCACCCCUCAUGCCAAGUCAGAGCGGCCUGGCCACCCCCUCUACGAGCCCGAGCCCGAACCUAGAGACAGUCCUCAGCCUGGUCAAGGCCAUAGUCCUGGAGCCGCAGCUGCAGCCACAGGUCUGCCCCCCGAGCCCGAGCCAGAUGGCCCUGAUUACUCGGAACUCGCUGACGCUGACAUCCUCAGUGAGCUGGCCUCCCUUACUUGCCCCGAGGCCCAACUGCUAGAGGCCCAGGCCCUUGAGCCGCCAUCGCCAGAGCCAGAGCCUCAGCUUCUGGACCCCCAGCCCCGCUUCCUGGACCCGCAGGCGCUAGAGCCACUUGGGGAAGCUUUGGAGCUGCCACCCCUGCAGCCUCUUGCAGAUCCUCUGGGACUGCCGAGCCUGGCCCUGCAGGCCCUGGAUACGCUUCCUGACUCGCUAGAAUCCCAGCUACUCGAUCCCCAGGCACUUGACCCCUUGCCUAAGUUGCUGGAUGUCCCUGGGCGCCGUCUGGAGCCCCAGCAGCCACUGGGACAUUGUCCAUUGGCUGAGCCCUUGCGCCUGGACUUGUGCUCACCCCAUGGCCCUCCUGGGCCUGAGGGCCACCCCAAGUACGCCUUGCGGCGCACUGAUAGGCCAAAGAUUCUGUGUCGCCGGCGAAAAGCCGGCAGGGGUCGGAAGGCAGACGCUGGACCUGAGGGCCGCCUGCUGCCCCUGCCUAUGCCUACGGGGCUGGCAGCUGCCCUCACUGAGCCCCCACCGCCACCGCCUCCCCCGCCCCCCGCCCUGCCAGGCCCAGUCCCAGAGCUGGAGCCAGAGUCCUCCCAGACCCCAGGCGUCCCCACCCGCAAAAGCAAAUGCCGGGGCGUACGGCGCAUGGUGGUGAAAAUGGCGAAAAUCCCUGUAUCGCUGGGGCGGCGGAACAAGACCACCUACAAGGUGUCGUCCUUGAGCAGCAGCCUGAGCGUGGAGGGCAAGGAGCUGGGCCUGCGCGUGUCCGCAGAGCCCACGCCCCUGCUGAAGAUGAAGAACAACGGGCGCAACGUGGUCGUGGUCUUCCCCCCGGGCGAGAUGCCCAUCAUUCUCAAGCGGAAGCGCGGUCGCCCUCCCAAGAACCUGCUGCUGGGUCCCGGCAAGCCCAAGGAGCCAACCGUGGUGGCGGCCGAGGCGGCCACCGUGGCGGCGGCCACGCUGGCCAUACCGGAAGUGAAGAAACGGCGGCGGCGGAAGCAAAAGCUGGCCUCGCCGCAGCCGUCCUACGCAGCUGAUGCCAAUGACAGUAAGGCCGAGUACUCGGACGUGCUCGCCAAGCUGGCCUUCCUGAACCGCCAGAGCCAGUGCGCCGGGCGGUGCUCCCCGCCCCGCUGCUGGACGCCCAGCGAGCCCGAGUCCGUGCACCAGGCCCCGGACACGCAGAGCAUCUCGCACUUCCUGCAUCGCGUUCAGGGUUUCCGACGGCGAGGGGGCAAAACUGGUGGUUUUGGGGGCCGGGGCGGGGGUCAUGCAGCCAAGGCCGCCCGGUGCUCCUUCAGUGACUUCUUUGAGGGCAUCGGCAAGAAAAAGAAGGUGGUGGCCGUGGCGGCGCCUGGGGUUGGGGGUCCCGGCCUCACUGAGUUGGGGCACCCCCGGAAACGGGGCCGAGGGGAGGUGGAUGCCAUGACUGGCAAGCCCAAGCGCAAGAGGAGGUCUCGGAAGAACGGGACUCUGUUUCCAGACCAGGUGCCCAGCGGCCCGGGCUUCGGAGAGGCCGGCGCUGAGUGGGGGGGCGACAAGGGUGGUGGCUGGGCCCCUCACCACGGGCACCCAGGCGGGCAGGCUGGCCGAAACUGUGGGUUCCAGGGGGCCGAGGCCCGGGCCUUUGCCUCCACGGCGCUGGAGAGCGGGGCCUCAGGCCGCGGCAGCUACUACGGCACGGGCGCACCCUCGGGCCAGACAGAGCUCAGCCAGGAACGCCAGAAUCUCUUCACUGGCUAUUUCCGCUCGCUGCUCGAUUCCGAUGACUCCUCCGACCUCUUGGACUUUGCCCUCUCAGCCUCCCGCCCAGAGUCCCGGAAGGCAUCAGGCACCUAUGCAGGGCCUCCCUCCAGUGCCCUGCCUGCCCAGCGGGGCCUGGCCACCUUCCCCAGCCGGGGAGCCAAGGCCAGCCCAGUGGCGGUGGGCAGCAGUGGGGGCGGGGCAGACCCCUCCUUCCAGCCUGUUCUUUCCAGUCGCCAGACCUUCCCACCAGGACGGGCAACGAGCUAUGGGAUCACCCCAGCCACUUCAGACUGUCGGGCGGCUGAGGCCUUCCCAAAGCUGGCACCCCCGCCCUCAGCUGUGGCGCGCUCUCCCACCACCCACCCCCCUGCCAACACCUACCCUCCCCAGUACGGUGGCUAUGGGGCUGGACAAAGUGUGUUCGCCCCGGCCAAGCCCUUCUCGGGUCAGGACUGUGCUAACAGCAAGGACUGCAGCUUUGCCUACGGCAGCGGCAACAGCCUGCCUGCCUCUCCCAGCAGUGCCCACAGCGCUGGCUACGCGCCCCCUCCCGCCGGGGGCCCCUGCCUGCCCCCCGGCAAGGCCUCUUUCUUCAACAGCUCUGAAGGUACCCCCUUCUCCGGCUCAGCCCCCACUCCCCUGCGCUGUGAUAGUCGUGCUAGCACCGUCUCCCCCGGUGGCUACAUGGUGCCCAAGGGCACCACAGCUUCUGCCACCUCCGCAGCCUCUGCCGCCUCCUCCUCCUCCUCCUCCUUUCAGCCCUCGCCUGAGAACUGUCGGCAGUUUUCGGGGGCUUCUCAGUGGCCUUUCCGGCAGGGCUACGGAGGCCUGGACUGGGCCUCUGAGGCCUUCAGUCAGCUCUACAAUCCCAGUUUCGACUGCCACGUCAGCGAGCCCAACGUGAUCCUGGACAUCUCCAACUACACGCCGCAGAAGGUGAAGCAGCAGACCACCGUGUCGGAGACCUUCUCCGAGUCCUCCUCCGACAGCACCCAGUUCAAUCAGCCCGUCGGAGGGGGCGGUUUUCGGCGUGCCAACAGUGAGGCCUCCAGCAGCGAGGGCCAGUCGAGCCUGUCCAGCCUGGAGAAACUGAUGAUGGACUGGAACGAGGCAUCCUCCGCCCCCGGCUACAACUGGAACCAGAGCGUCCUCUUCCAGAGCAGCUCCAAGCCCGGCCGUGGACGGCGGAAGAAGGUGGACCUGUUCGAAGCCUCGCAUCUGGGCUUCUCCACAUCUGCCUCGGCCACUGCCUCUGGCUACCCAUCCAAACGAAGCACUGGGCCCCGGCAACCACGGGGUGGUCGGGGGGGUGGGGCUUGCUCAGCCAAGAAGGAGAGAGGUGGUGCAGCAGCCAAAGCCAAGUUCAUCCCCAAGCCACAGCCGGUCAAUCCGCUGUUUCAGGACAGCCCAGACCUUGGCCUCGAUUACUACAGUGGGGACAGCAGCAUGUCUCCACUGCCCUCACAGUCCAGGGCCUUCAGUGUGGGAGAACGGGAUCCCUGUGACUUCAUGGGACCCUACUCCAUGAACCCAUCCACACCUUCCGACGGCACUUUCGGCCAAGGCUUCCACUGCGACUCACCCAGCCUGGGUGCUCCUGAGCUGGAUGGCAAGCAUUUCCCACCACUGGCCCACCCGCCCACGGUGUUUGAUGCUGGCCUGCAGAAGGCUUACUCGCCCACCUGCUCGCCCACACUAGGCUUCAAGGAAGAGCUCCGGCCACCACCCACAAAGCUGACUGCCUGCGAGCCCCUCAAGCAUGGGCUCCAGGGGGCCAGCCUGGGCCACACAGCUGCAGCCCAGGCCCACCUGAGCUGCCGGGACCUGCCGCUGGGCCAGCCGCACUAUGAUUCCCCCAGCUGCAAGGGCACAGCCUAUUGGUACCCACCGGGCUCCGCCGCCCGUAGCCCACCCUAUGAAGGCAAGGUGGGAUCGGGGCUGCUAGCUGACUUCCUGGGCAGGACGGAGGCCGCGUGCCUCAGUGCCCCUCACCUGGCUAGCCCACCAGCCACGCCCAAGGCCGACAAGGAGCCACUGGAGAUGGCCCGGCCACCCGGUCCACCUCGUGGCCCUGCUGCAGCCGCUGCUGGCUAUGGCUGCCCACUCCUUAGUGACUUGACCCUGUCCCCUGUGCCAAGGGACUCGCUGCUGCCCCUGCAGGACACUGCCUACAGGUAUCCAGGCUUUAUGCCACAGGCACAUCCUGGCCUGGGUGGGGGCCCCAAGAGCAGCUUCCUGGGGCCCAUGGCGGAACCUCACCCUGAGGACACAUUCACCGUCACCUCCCUGUAGUGCCAACUGAAGUGCCAACUGGACCGUGAGGUUUUGUUCCUGGCUUUCAGAAAACCAACGCCAAGACCCCUCCUCGUGUCCACAUUGUCCUCUGGCAGGAAAGCCUGCCCUUUGCUCCCCACCCCAACCCUAACCCUCCCUGCCCAUCUCCUCCACGCAGAAGCCGAAGGUGAGCCCUUUCUGCACAAAACCAGCAAUUGUAAAUACUUUUUAAAAAUGUACAAAACUUAAAGACAAAAACACAGUUUUAGAAAAAGACAAAAAAAAAAGAGAGCGAGAGAGAGUGCGUGUGCAAGAGAUUGCGAGGGGGCCUCAAAGUGUCCAGAGCCCCUGCAAGUAUGCACUGAGAAAUUUAUCUACAGGUCGUUUGACAAAAAUGAACAAUAUCCUAUUUAUUGUAUAUACUGUUUUAUUAUAAAUCGUGGAUUGUAUAUUGCAUUCUGUAAACCUGCUGUGGUCCCGUGGUGUGCAAAUUCGCAUGGUGGGGGGGAAGGGAGAAGAACCUCUUACGGGAGCUUUUUUUUUUUUUUCCCCUUUUCUUUCUUAUUUUUCACUCUUGGGUUUUCUCUUCUGUUGUUGUUGUUGCUUUCUGUUGGCAGGACACACCCAAAGAUCCAAGUUUGUAUUAAAAA